AUGAAUCUUCGGACAUCUGCGAAAUCGCAGGCGCGAUCACCUACAGUCGACUCGAAGACAUCGACUCCAAAAAGCCAGACAAGCGAUUCACAAAGUACACCACGUCCGCGCCGGAAGAAGACCGCGGGCAUUGCAGACACCAAAGCGAAGAGGGUGCGCACGGGCUGCCUGACUUGUCGCGAACGACAUCUGAAGUGCGACGAGGCCUUAGGACGGUGUCAUAAUUGUCGCAAGUCGAACCGCAUCUGUCGACGUGGUGUUCGCCUCAACUUUAUUGAUAUUCAAAAUGUGGCGCCUCCACAUGUUGUCGCUCGACCCCAUGGUGCCAAAGUGACAUUUCGCGAUGAUUCGCGCUUGAUCGCGUCUGAAUAUGUCGGAGGGUUCGAGAGAUACCCACCCGUUCAGCCGGAAAGUCCUGCUGAAGAGCAAAGACUUUUACACCAUAGCUUCGAGGCUAUGGGGCCUGAUGACCUGACGAGUCUUUUCCAAUCUGUUGCUCAUUCUUUCGAUCCGUUAGAUUUUGAUGUUUCCAACCCAGGCAACGCAGAUUUUGGAACCGAUGUCUGGCAGCAGUCUCAUCUGGUACCAGGAGAUGAACUCCUUCCGCAUGGGACAUCCAACUUCGCGCGGAAACUGGCAAAAAAUGAGGGAAGUCAUUCUUUCAUCGCAGAUCCUGACCGAAUGCUUCUUUUCCGUGCUUUUGUCGAACACGUUGGGCCCAGGCUGGAUGCGAUGGAUGCAAUGAACCAUUUUACCCAUAUUCUUCCGUACUACGCCCUCGACGAACCUAUGCUGCUCAAGGCACUCCUAGCGUGCGGCGCUAGACAUCUUUCCCUUGUAGAUUCUUCUCACGAGGACGGAAAGGCCAUGCAGCUCUACGAUGAGGCUACCCAGGAUCUGUUAAACUCCGUCCAUGAUUCUAAUCGUGACUCUGUUCUAUGUGCAGUAGCGGCCCUGGUUCUUGGCUUCUUUGAAACAAUGUCACAGCUAUCCUCAAGUCGGAAAGUCCAUAUCGCAGGCUCGCGAGCUUUGAUUCGAGAAUGUGGCUGGACUUCCAAAACUCCAGGGCUCGGUGGAGCGUGUUUCAGAAUCAGCAUCAGCGCAGAGCUACUUAAUUGUGUACGAUAUAAUUGGAGUCUGUCCUGGGAUCCAAGCACUUGGGGGAUUGAUAUGGACAUGGACCAUUGCCACACUCCCGGUGGGAGCAGCGAGGAUUCAUGGUCUCAUCGCAUCCUCUAUAUCUGUGCAAAGGUCGUCAUCUUCCAAACAUCGUUGUGUCAAUCUCAGGGUUUGAGCAACGAUGCAGCUACGGCUCAGCUCAACAAUCGAUUCCAGGAAUGGAGUCUUUACAACAGCUGGUGCGAUCAUUGGGAGAAAUCGGCCCCCAAGUCGAUGGCUCCUCUUGGGUACUUGCAGCCCUGGCAGACAAACUCCAAAUCCGCGUUUCCGGAGGUUAUGAUUCUUAAACGAUCUGCGACUGUUGCUCGGCUAUUUUACCAUGUGACGCGAAUUUUGCUAUCCAAGUCAAACCCUCUGCAGUCAGAAUUCGAUGGAGACAUGCGUGAGAUGCAAAGAACCCACGCACACGAAAUUUGCGGCCUCAUCGCAUGUACCAAGGACCGAAGUCUUUCCGAUAUCUCACUACGCUGUCUUGCAAUCGCUGCAGAAUGUCUAGAAGCCCGCUCGGCCCAAGAAGAAGUGAUUGCCAUUUUUGAUGCUAUCGCCGAGACUACUACUUCCAACGUUGAAUCGGUCAAAGAUGAUCUAAGGCGGAUUUGGAGCUGGGUUGAUGCUCACCCGCACACUGUUACCCCAGCCCAAAUGCACAACCACUACUACGAACUCGAUCCGUCGCUAGCAAUCUCCGAAGCGUCUGGUUCAUCUUCGGAUCUAUAUAUCAACAUCAACGCCCAAACAGCUAAGAUGGAGAAUAAAUCAGCCCAGGCUCAAUCUCCAGCCACGCCAAUCUACAUCCUCCGCGGGCACGGUGCACCAAUACACGCGCUACACAUCUACAACCAGAACCUGCGCCUUGUAUCCGGCGACGCCAACGGCUGGAUCGUGAUCUGGGACCUGGUCACCAAACGCCCAGUGACAGUCUGGAAGGCGCACGCAGGUGCCGUGCUAGAAGUAAAAGGGUUUAACCUGGACUCGGGCAUAACCGAGAUUUACACGCAUGGCCGCGACCACAAGCUCUGCGUCUGGAAGAUUCGAUCAGAGGAUGAAUCAUUUCUAGACAAGACACUUCCGGUCGACAUGAGUGGUCCUGCCCAGGAGGGAAGUAAGACUCAGCCAUGGCUGCUACAUGCCAUGCCCGUGAAUGCGCUUAAUUUCUGCGCGUUCUCUAUGACAUUUGUCAAUAUGGACGGGCUUCCUGUUUAUCCAUCGCAAUCUGCAAAACCACAGAAUACAUUGUUUGCAGUUCCCAAUGCUUUGGACUCUGGCGGCGUCGAUAUCUUCCACCUACCAUCCGAGCGCCGGAUCAGCACUAUUCCAUCUGAUUCAUCGACGAAGACUGGAAUGCUGAUGGCUGUCAAUAUAUUCGUGACUUCUGUUGGGGAUCUGUUUGUCGUUUCAGCAUAUGAGGAUGGCCAUGUGAUGGUUUACGCUCAUCGUGGUGCUUUGAAGACGGCCAGUUUUGAGAUCGAACACAUUAAGAACUAUCCUUUGAAAUGGGAGAGGCUUUAUGCCGGCCGUCCUCAUACCCAGCCGGUUCUUUCCCUUGACGUCUCGGCUUCUUACACGCAUUUUAUCUCUUCCUCUGCUGAUGCCUUGAUUGUCAAACAUCCCAUUCCCAGUCUGGCGUCUGCUGGUUACAUUCCUACGGCUGGCUAUAAGGAGGAAUCUCCCUUGCAGGUUGUUAACACCAGACACUCGGGUCAGCAGGGUCUGCGCAUCCGGUCUGAUGGGAAGGUAUUCGCUACUGCCGGUUGGGAUAGUAGGGUACGGGUGUACUCGGGGAAAACAAUGAAAGAGCUGGCUGUGCUCAAGUGGCACAAAGAUGGAUGUUAUGCUGUGGCUUUCGGAGAGAUUGAAACAUCUUUAUCUACAAGAUCUACAGAGAAGGAGUCCUCAACUGCAAGCCAAAUGGCAGUUGCUGCACGCGACUACUCUCUCGCAAAUGUACAGCAACAACGGAAUCAGAAAGUACAGCAGACUCAUUGGCUAGCGGCAGGUUCCAAGGAUGGGAAGAUUUCAUUAUGGGAUAUCUACUGA